GUGUCGUUAUUUCUACUAAAUAAUAACUUCAGUGAAAUAGAGACCUUAAAAAUAAAGUCUUAGUUUUAAGGAUUUGGGCGCGCAUUUUACGCACGGGGUGAUUACGGUGCCUAUUCGAAGCAAAGACAAUCAUUAUCCGAAGUUAGCCUCCGGAAAUUAUGUAGGCCUAUGACAUUGUGUUUUUGGAUGCCGAAAGAGGUGGAAUUGGAGGGGGGUCCCGACACGUCACAUCCAAGGACUCUGCGAGGAGCUUGUUUCGGUCUGCGCACCACAGAGAGGGAACACCCGCUUCACUGAUCACUUGAUCACAGACCUUACAUACUGGUGACAUUCUGAAAGCAUACUGGAGCAUUUCGUUCACAUUUUAACCAUGAAGCGCGGAUUUUGCGGACUUAUUCACUUUUUAAUAACUUUCUCUCUCAUCAGCGGAUCACCUUUCCAACAUAGCAUGUUCCGCGGUAACGCAUAUUCUCGCACCGAAACAAGACAGAGAAAUAAAAACUGGUGCGCCUACGUUGUGCACAAGAACGUGAGCUGUGCCGUCGUGGGAGGCACGGAGAGUUUCCUGCAGCCAGAGGUUUUGCCGUGUCCACCGGAGCUGCCAAAUUGUGCGCAACAAGUGAUAUAUCAGACACACUUUAGGCCCAUGUAUAAGAUUGCAUACAAGACUGUAACGGAGCUGGAGUGGAGGUGCUGCCCCGGGUACCAGGGCCACGACUGCCGGGAGGUGAAAGACAUAAAGCUGCUCCAAGUGGAGCGUUUACCCCAUGCUCCGUCUGCCUCUGGACAUAUUCCAGUCCCACAAGCUCCAGAACAGCCAACAGAGAACCAGAGGAACCAUCCAUGGGGAGUAGCGGAGCAGUUUGCAGGUCAGCCAGGUCACAGGCCACUGGAGGGUCAUGGAGGAUCUCAAAGUGCACAACACCUGGAGGAGGAGGUGCAGCGACUAUCCCACAUGGUCCUUGACAUGCAAGCAAGAAUGACAGACAUGUCCUCCAAUCUGAGACUGGAUCUCCAAGAGGACGCCAGUAAAAUGUUGGUUACGCUGCUGAAUAACUACAGGCAGCCUGCCAGUGCCAGAGGCGCAGAGACCCACACUGUUCAGGUUCAGGACUUCUCUUUUGGACACGAGACAACGCAGAUGGACGAUGUCAUGAACAAGAUCAGCCAGGUCACAGACGAUCUAGAGUCCAAGAGCAAUACCCUGGAUGACCUGCUUGGCCGUGUCAACCGUCAUGAUGAACAAAUUCAUCUGUUGAUGGAGGCGGGGCACAACCAGCUGUCCACACCCCCUCCCCCAGCCAUUCCUACAGACUUGCGUGCCUACCUGGACGAGAAGAUCCGCGCUCUGAGAGAGGAGUUAAUGGAGGGCAUGGACAUCAAAAUGGCAGACAUGAAGAACUCGUGCGAUUAUAAAAUCAUGUCCGUUCAGGAGCAGUGUGAGGGACAAGAAUCCAUCUACCUCAGCCUGGCCGAGCUCAUGGACUCCAAGGAAACUGACCUGCGCAGCGAGAUCCAGGACCUUAAGACCAAGCUGGUUGAUCCAAGAAAGGAAGACACCCGUCCUGUGGAGAACCUUGAGAUCGGUCUGAACUCAUCUGAGAAGACUGUAGCGGCCCAGUGCCUCUCUGUGGAGGAGAAGCUGAAAAAAGAACGAGCCAAGGUUAUCAAAGACCUGAAGGAGACUCUGGAGAAAAAGCUGGCCUCCAUGGAGGACAGACUCACCACCCUGUUGGUAGAUACCAGCACCGACUCCCCAUCGGGUGGUCUUUUGACUGUUGUAAAAAACCUUCAACAAGACUCUCAGAGCUGCAGAACUGCUGUAGAUGCUAUGGAGAGUAGUCUUAAAGGCCAGAUAAAUGGCCUUGGAGCAAUGGAGGGGCAACUCCUCAACUACAGCGCCAGCAUUGAGAACGUACACAGCAAGUUGAGCCAUCUGAAAGGCCGUGUGGGCAGGUUGGAGGACUCGCUAUCAGAUGUAGUCCACCGGCAGUCUCAGGUGUCUCUGAUCCUCAACUCCACCUGGGGUCAAGUUAAAACGGGGGCUGAGCAGGAGGCCAAGGAGCUUCUGGAGCUUCACAGGACCCAGCAUCAAGAGCUGAGAAAGCGUCUGGAUGAGCUGGGCAGGGAGGUGAAAGCCAAGGCCGACCACUGCAAGAACCAAACAGAAGAUGUCGGGAAGGUGAUCGCACACAUGGACAGCCGCAUUGUUAGUGUGGAGAGUUUAUGCGGCAAGCUGGAUCCCAUCUCCGGUAGCCUCCAGAGAAUCAAAGAGGGUCUGAAUAAACACAUCACUGGGUUGUGGACUUGUGUCAACCAGCUGAAUAGUACAGUUAGAGCUCACGCGCGAGAUAUCGGAGGACUGAGGGGAACUUGUGAGAAUCUCCAGAACCACAUCUCUAAUGCAGGCAGAGACCUCCAGGUGUUAAAUAACAGCAAACCCGGGAAGACAGGUGUUCAGGUUGCUGUGGAGGACGGUUUAGUUAAGAGCCCUGCGGGGCCACUUGGUCCUCCGCUCGCCUCCCUCCCACAACCACCUGUGAUAGAGACCGGAGAGGCGGGACCCCCCGGCAAGAUGUCCUCGUCCAAGUUGCCCAAGGGGACAGACGGCAGCAUGAUACCUGUUCAAGGCUUUGCUGGAGCUCCAGCCCCCGCAGUCAAAUCUACUGACUCGCUAAAGCCCAGCAUGCCACUCAUCUCAGGUGAGAAGAUGUCGUUCUCAGCUGGUCUGACUAUUCCUCCGUUCCAGGGAGAGAUCGGAAUCAUUCGAUUCAACAACGUGCUGGUCAAUGAUGGAGGACACUAUGACGCUCAUACAGGUAUCUUCACAGCUCCCACUGACGGCCGCUACCUGGUGACCGCUGUGCUCACAGCAGAGCGUGGUGAGAGGGUCGAGGCGGUCCUGUCGGUGUCCAAUCACAGCAUCCAGAGGUUGGACUCUGCGGGCUUUUUGUCAGAAGCGGCAGCGCCGCCCUCACAUGAUCGGUGUAACUGCAGCGGUUCAGCCUCACUGAGUCUGGUUCUGUCGCUGAGGAGAGGAGAUCGAGCAGGACUGGUCAUGACUGCUGGAAAACUCGCCAGCUCAGCCUCCUCUGAGAUCCUGUCGUCUUUCAGCGCUGUGCUUCUCUACCCCAGCCCAUCAAAACGGUAGCCCUGCCCUUUUUAAAGACACCUUAUACGUAUAAGCCAGUGGAGUAUGGUGUACAUUACUGGGGACACAUUAAGGCUAAUGAUGAUAUCACAUUAUCAGAGGAGGGAAAGAAAUGUCUUUACCAGCACGGAACGUUAAAUGAGAUUAUUUCUAUCAUUAGUACUUAUAUAUAGUGUGUAUACAUUGCAUUGUUUUAUAUUUUCAUUGUGAAGUUUUGUCUAUGACCUAGAUCUUACACAUACAUUUAUUUGUGGUCCACUGCAGUAAUCAGUUUUUCCUUAGUAUUUAAAAACUGUGUAUUGUAAGUGCACCACCUAGUAAUUGCUGAUGUUAUUGAGUUGUGCUAAUACCAGUUGAUCCAAUUUGUUCAUUUCUUACUUAGGAAAUCAGUUAGUGUUUAUUUUCUCAGAAGCAUUCUACAGUUCAUACCAGUUUUCAUUAUUGCUUAUAUUUCGUAUUGGUGCUAAAAUUGUCAACGUGCAAAAUAAGCUUUGAUUGUUUCAAAUACAGUUUGUGGUUUUA